CUUGAAAAAACUACUUAAUAAGUAAGAUUUGGCAAAACUAGAUGGGUAGCUAGCCCAAAGAGCUAGUCCGGUUGGUUGGCGGGUUUGCUCUCCAUAUAAUUGAUCAGGGUCGGUUUCUCCGAUCAGGCCGCAAGAGCGGAUUUUCUUAGUUCCGGCAUGGAUACUUUGCUUUUGACAGAACCGGAGAGUGGAUUACUUGAGGUGUGCAUAAGCUGCACCGAACACCCCAAACCGUCGAAACGAAAAAAAAAAAAAAACACAAAAAACUAGAUGGAUGGAUAGAUUGACUCUAUGAAAACACUUCACAUACCCAACCCCGUGACUCUAAACUAUACAUAAACCAAACAGACGAGGCAAUUGGAAUACCAGAGAAAGCAAUUCAGCUUCAGCUGCCACUGUCCCCCUUUUCCAUUUUCCAGUUUCCUCGUCGAUAUCUUCUUCAGUACUUUAGGGACCAGAAAUGGAAAGGCAAACAAUAAAGAAACCUCUAAAUGGUAGCAGUAGCAAUAUCCCCAAGGAUACUUUCCCCCUUCAUUACAUGGGCAGGCCAUUUGAGCAGAAAACCACCCUGAAAGAUGCCUCUUUCUCCUCCUACCUCAGACCUGAGCCGCCGCCACCACCCAAGCCAGAAGACAACAGCCGGUUCGCGGUCGACGACUCCGACCAGAUAAGCGUCUUCGAGGCGGAGAAUUACUUCAGCGAGAAGGAUCAGAACAGCAGCAACAAGAGAGACUCUUCGACAGAGAACCAUCAUAGUGACAAAGCUGCUCAACAGAGGGGAUGCGAAUUUUCGGCGAUUUCGAGAUUGUCUUCUGUUUCAUCAACCGACGGUUAUGGCUACGGGGGGAAACUCCGAACCCGUUCGUUCCACGCGACGCCCACGGCUUCGUCGGAAGCGAGCUGGAACAGCCAGACCGGCCUGUUGUCGAAUCCACAGGGGUCUAUUCCAAUCUCGUUGAGAAACAUCCCUUCUGAGAAUAACAAUAAUGCUCGGCGAAAUGGAGGGUAUUCAAGCAAUGGAACAAAAUGGUUUUUGGGCCUGAAAUGCCCAUGCUAUGGCAAGAAUUCUGUUCAAGUCGAGGAAAAACUCUCCGAACCGAAAACAUCAUUCCCUUCAUCGUCGUCGUCGUCAUCGUAUCCCAAAAGACACAGUCCUAAGUCCAUUAACCAUCAUCCAACCGUGGCCGAAAAUCGGUCCAUCCAGUCCCAGAACAAUUCGGUUGCGAAGAAAGCGGAGGAAAGCAUUCCAGAACAAGUGGUUCUGGACCAUCGGUCGUUCUCGUCGGAGAAUCAUUUUCCAUCACACGAGGGCCAUCAGCAUCACCGUCGUCGACGCCACAACCACAACCAAGGUGGUUUGGGGUCGUUUCGCGAUGGUGUUGGAUUCUCUUUCCCGAUAUUGAACCAAUCACUGUCCUCCAAGGUGCAGGUGCCGACUAGAUCUCCGCUGGACGAGCCGCCUCGGGAGUCACUGGAGAUUUUCCAGCCACCGGAAGAAUCCAUGGACGUGCAACAGCGGCGGGGGUUCGGGUAUCCGACGAGUCCAAUGUCGCGGAUGACCGGGACGGAGGAAGACGGGGGGAGCGACGCCAGCUCCGACUUGUUCGAGAUAGAGAGCUUCUCCACGCAAACAACAUCGUACCGUCGCCGAGACUCGCUCGACGACGAGGCGACAACGGCGUCGUACGGGCGGAGGCAGAGCGUGGACGAGCCGGUGACGCCGUCGGUGGCCGCGACGGAGUGCUACGAGCCGAGCGAGGCCAGCAUUAACUGGAGCGUGACCACGGCGGAGGGGUUCGACCGGGGGAGCGUCACCAACUUCUCCAUCAGCGCUUCGGAGUUCGGCGACGUGGCGAACAUGCGGCAGCAGGAGGCGGAGGUGAGCGGCGGCGGAGGCGGUUGGGGCAAGAGGAGGUCAGGGGGAGGAGGAGGAGGGAAUGGAGGGGGGUUGUUGUUGAGCUGUCGUUGGGAGAAGGCUGUCAGCGUGGGUCCUACUCAACAGCAGGGGAAAUGGGGACAAGAGGACGGUGGCGGCGGAGGAGGAGGAAGAAGGGUGGUGGGAGGCGGUGGUGGUGGUCCACCUAUGCCAAUGAUCUCAACAAUGAGGCAUGUGAGUAGUAGGCCAUACAAACGCUAGCUGAUAAAUGAGCCACCUCUACUGUUGGGAGAGUGAAAUUAUACAUUAGUCCGGAAGUACAGCGACCUGAUAUUUUGGACCAUUUUAUAAUUACACAUUUUUGUGAGAUCUAUCACUAAGUAUAUGGACCCCAUAGAAACGUGUGAUUAUAAAACAGUUUAAAAUACCACGUGACGGUACUCCUAAACUAUUGAAUAAAUUACUCGUUAGGGUAUUCGCAAGGUUGUCUACCUCCAUUACCAUCUAAUAUGAUCUGAUUGCUUGGUUUUGUCUCUGGUUUUUGGAACAUCAGCGUGUGAUACCUUCAGCUACUUCAUGCUGUGGUAGCCCGCCCCCCCACCCUUCAUUUACUCUGCUUGUCUGUAGUUGAGGUUUCAAAUCGAAUUCGGGAAUGGUGAUGUGCACCAGCCACACGGCACGGUGGAGAACGGCAACAAACAGCUCAGAUGCUAUACACAGUGGAAAUGAGAUUUGAACCGUUGAAUUGCCGAACAGAUGAUUCGAAUGCCGCACAGAACCGUGCUGCGCCGGCUGAUUCACAACACUAUCCCCCACUUGGUUCAGAUCUUUUAGCAGUUGUGCUAGCACCAUGGCUUUGUGUAUUUUGUUUGUGCAAGUGUUUGUGGUUAUAGAGUCAUUAAUUCCGUUCGGUU